UCUAUAUAUACAUAUAAGGACUUAAUUGGGAUCAUAAAUCUCAAUACCAACCAAACACCAAUUUUCCCUCUUACUUUCUAUCAUGGCUCACUAUGCAAAACACCUCUCUUUUCUCUUGCUUAUAGUUCUCUCUCUCGAACAUAUUGAUGCCAGAGAGAGUAGGUUCUUUAGUAAGGUCACUCACAGCAGCAACAAAAUUGUCCCGGUGUCUGAAUCUCCCUUGUUAGCACCAACACCUGCACCAGCACCAGCACCAGCAAGUCCAGCACCUGCACCCAUCAUCACCGAAAACGGCUACGGCCUUUACGGUCAUGGCUCUACUGAAACAACAACCACUCCUACUACCACCAAUACUUUUGCCAACGAUGAAAAUGAAGUCCCGGCUGAGGAACUCAACAAUCUUGAGAGCUUCAAGGAGUCGAAUACAGGCUACUCUUACAACAACAACUACAACACUAAUGGCUACUCCAACUACAAUAACAAUAACAAUGGGUACACGACCAACAGCUAUGGUAACAAUGGUUACCAGAGUAGUGAGAAACAAGGGAUGAGCGACACGAGGUACGUGGAGAAUGGUAAGUAUUAUUAUGAUGUUCAGAAUGAGAAAUACUAUCAGAAUGGGUAUGAGACGUCUGUGAAGGGAAGUGGCAACAAUAAUAAUAAUGAAGGUUACAACUAUGGUACUAAUGGUGUCAACUCAAAUGAGUUCAACACCAUGGAAGAAUAUGAAAGGCAGCAGGGGUACCCAGAGAGCCAAGGGGAGUUCUUUCCCUGAACAAAUGGGCCAUAUAUAUAUUGUCACAUAGCAAAAACUAAGUUGGAAGAGGGAGGAAGAGAACUAAUUACAAGAUUUAAGUUAUGAUAAACUCUUUUAUUAUGUGUUGAAUUGUAGUUGCUCGUGUUUGCAUGUUUUUUGUGCUUUGCAAAACAGAGGAUUAAUUAUCAUAUAAUUUUUGAAUUUGGGAUAUAUAAA